AUGGCAGUCACUACCGCUGGCACCAUGUUCUUUGGUGUUACUGUUUUGUCAUUAGGUACAUUGGCUAUUGGCGUUGUUCAUGCAUCUCUUACGGUGUACGGUGCAUACGCAGCCAGGGCAAUUUGUGGCGACGAACUCUUCGACCUUUUAUUGUCCGAUGACCCGUCGAAUUGGCCCACAAUGUCGUUCCUCCUCCUCCCCAUGAUUCCUUUAAGGUUGAUGACCAAAUCCCUCUCCGGCCUCUCUGCUAUCUUCUUUCUAUGGCCGGAUGUACCCCCGCUUGCCGUUCGAGAAAGAUUCAUAACAGACUCAAGUCAGAUUGACCGCAUGGUGCCCUCGUUCACGCAGAAAGCCCGUCACCUUUCUUUUCCCAAAAUUGGCCUAGUAAUCUUGGUUGCCAGCAUGGCGUAUGACCAAUUACUUCGCAAACUGACUCACUGGCUUCUCGAUAUCCAUCCUGACAGUGCUGCGGUUGUGCAACGACCGCCGCGGCCUGUUCGGCCUUGGUCUCGAGGGUUAAGACGAGUCAGAUUGGCAAUAUUGGGAAGAGACGGCCCCAUUAUUGACGAUGGUCCGGUAGAUGGUCCAAAUCCCCUGCAGGCACCUCAGGAAGCCCCUCCCAUAGGACAAGAGGAAGAACAUAGGUUGGACAUCUUGGAGGGAGCCACCCGCGUUCGUGAUGGCUCGAUGUUAAGCGGUCUCUUGGUUCCUUUUAUUGCAAAGGGCAUCGGUCAUCUGCUGUAUCUGGCUUCAGUCCACGUUCGUCCUUUACGGCGUAUCUUAGGCAUCAGACCGACUCCGUUCUUGUUGGAUUCUCCUCCACCAUCAAUUCCCAAACUAGUACCUGAUCUCAUUGGAAGCAUCCACAAUGUAUGGUAUUGGAGGUGGUUCACUGAUCAGGCCACUGCCAACAUGGAUCAUGUUUGGAUCCGCAACACCAUCGGUCUUGGUAUCUUUAUAGUGGGACGUGACUGUCUACACUUAUUCCACCUUUGGCUUGCCAAAAGAGAGCUGGCCAAUCGACAUCUAAAGAAUAGAGACUUUGCUGGCAUUGACCCAGCGCAACUAGAUCUAAGACCGCGGCAAUGA